CCUGUCCUAAUACGUACUCAGGACAUAACAUAUAGAUGACAUUUAGACCUAUAUGUGUAACCACAGUAGUAUUUCAGAGGCUUGCAAAGUAAAGCUAAUAAUUAUUGACAUACCUGGUUGUUUCUCAAGAAAAUAUAAUGGUCAUAUUGAAAACAAGCCCCUAACCAUUCCAAAAGACAUUGAUCUUCAUCUGGAAACAAAGUCUGUGACUGAAAGGGACACUAUAGCAUUGCAUUAUUUUCCUGAAUAUCAGUGGCUGGUGGAUUUCACUGCUGCAGCUACAGUUGUGUAUGUGGUGACUGAAGCCUAUUGCAGUAUCAUGAAGCCCUCACAAGAAAUGAAUAUCAGUGUAGUGUGGUGUCUGCUUGUCUUGGCCUUUGCAGUUAAGAUACUGUUUUCAUUGACCACCCAUUAUUUCAUAGUAGAGGAUGGAGGUGAAAGAUCAGUCUGUGUUACCUUUGGCUUCUUCUUCUUUGUGAAAGCAAUGGUAAUCCUGAUUGUGACAGAAAGCUAUCUAGAGUUUGGACUCGAAUCAGGAUUCUCAAAUUUUUCAGAAAGUGCUAUGCAGUUUCUUGAAAAGCAGGGUUUGGAAUCCCGGAUCUCCCACAGUUGCUGCAGCACUGCACAGUUAUCCUCAUGGAAACAUGAAAGGACUGGAAUGGAGGGCACCAACUGAAUCAUUAAGGCCAUUACCCUGAUAUUGAAG